GGUAUCCUCCGGUCUACCCAAGGACGGAUGUAAAGACUGUAUAACACAUGAGCGGCAUGAUUUACAAAUUAAAUAAAUAAUAACAAUAUUAAAUGUGUAAUGUAGUCAACUGAUGUUUACUCUGUGAUCAUUUACAAAUAAGCUAGCGUGCGACUCGGCUGAACGGACGGCCCAGUUUGUGACCUACAUGUAUACAACAUGGCGCUGUCCAAAGUGACGGAUAUGAUUGUCGACCUCCCCUUAGGUGUAAAGGCUGUGGGCGGGGCAGUGCUCACUGGGGCGGUGUUGGCGACUGUUUGGAGGGGACUCAAAGCCCGUCAAACCACAAGAAAGGUAUACCCUCCAGACACCAUUGUUCUCCAUCAGAUAGGUCGUGGUCCGCACGUGCCUAGUCUCACCUGCUAUGCCAUUAAAUUGGAGACGUACUUCCGGAUGGAGGGUAUUCCAUACGAGGUAGAACAUAGCUGGUCUAGAACGGCAAAGAAAACAGGAAAAGUUCCUUUUAUCGAGUACAAUGGAGAAGAGAUUCCAGAUAGCGAGUUUAUCCUGGAGUUUCUCAGUAAGGAGAAGAACUUUGACCUUAACAGGGGACUCACUGAAGAACAGAUCGGAAUCGGCAGGGCCUUCCAGAAAAUGGCCGAGGAAAAUACUUACUGGUGCCUUGCGGCAGAUCGAUGGGUACUUGACGAAACUAAUGCAGUCUAUAAAUGCUUCAAGCUCUCUGGGCUUAUCACAUUUUUAGCAAAACGUGACUUAAGGAAGAAGUUCUGGAAUCGAGGGAUAUUACGGUAUUCACCAGAGGAAAUACGUCACAUCAUGUCGGGGGAUCUCAAGGCUCUCUCCUAUUACCUUGGAUCAAAGAAAUUUUUGUUUGGUGACAACGCGAGCAAAUUUGAUUGCUCUAUCUUCGGAAUACUAGCAGAGAUGAAAUGGGCGUCCUUUGGAGGAUUCGCAGGAUCCGUCAUAAAUGAGUAUCCUAACCUAUGUGACUACUGUGAGCGGAUGAAGGAAGCGUUCUGGCCAGAUUGGGACGAGGUUAUACAGACAGAUUGUACCAGAUAGUCGAAAUAACUUUACAUGCUGACAAAUUGGACAAAUGCUGUAGUGAAAUGUCUGACAUUGAGAAUGUUUGGUGGUAGGGAAGUGAUCUGACUUGUUAAGUGUCUCUCUGUGUGCUGUUGAGUGUGUUUGAAUAUGGAAAAAGGAUUUAUGCAGGUAACCAGCUACGUCUAAAACCAAAUAAUCUCCACAGCGCACACCAAAGAACGCAAACAUGUAGCGGUGAUAGUUGUGAGUCAUGUAAAUAAUAUCAAUUAUCUAAUCAUGUGUGGUUUAUAUAGCGGAAAUAGACCGAGAGUAGCGUAUUUUUGCUAAAUUGAUCAAAUGUAUGUGUUGGUUAAAAAAGACAAACGUACUAUGAAAACUUAUUUUAGUGGUCAUGUAGCAUGGAUCUGUGUAUUGGGUAACGGUAUAUGUUAAUUACAGAAAGUAUUGUGUAUUUUGUACUCCAUACUCUUCACUGUGGCUGUGAUUCUUCCACUGAUGAAGAGACAGUCCAUCCAUACCAUCACAAAAAUGUUGAUAAAAUCAAGAAUUUUUAAAUGUAUCGUGUGUUUUGUUAUAUUUAUAAAUAUCGUCAAAAUCCUCUCUGUAUGGCUAGCGAGAAAUACGUCAGUAAUACCGGUAACAGUAUCAGACGGAGUCACAGCCAUCAUUAAGCAGAACUACACAAAUUAUAUAAUUUAUUAUUUUCAGAGAAAGUAAACAAAAACAACAACAGUUAUAUUAUGUUGAUAUCGUCAAUCAUGAUAAAAUCAUGGAUGAACCUCAUCUUGCUAUAGUUGUAUUAUGAACAUACAGAUUAAAGAGGGCUGUAAAAAUCUGUGCAUAUGUUGAUAGCUCAAAUGAAUAUGAAUAUUAAUAGAUACAAUAUAUGAAGAAUAAAGAAUAGAACUGA